UAUCUAUUGAGACCUAAUCCAGUCCCACACUCUUAAAUCUGAUCGUUUCAUCCACUAUCAAUACAUAAUUUCGAUCAAAACAUGAACCUCAUGGCAACCGUAACUCACGUCACGCCAUCCCGUGUUUAGCGUUCAGCCAUCAACAUUGUUCUUGUCGUUGGCAUUCAGUCUGACAUAAACUCUUGAGCCGGAACAAUCAUUUGUUAGCGCUGCCGUACAAACAUUUGGUUUGGAUACUCUCUCACAGAAAUGUAUUUUUUUCUAUUACUUACAGUAGCCUGUUUAUCUACUGGAGCUUAUGUAAGUCAGCCAUCUCAUUAUUUUGAUACUAUUGAAACUGAAUUUCUUGUCGGACGUGGGUAUCGCUGAAUGACGUACGUAGCGCUGUAUGACGUACGUAGCGCUGUAUGACGUAGGUAGUGCUGUAUGACGUAGGUAGUGCUGUAUGACGUAGGUAGCGCCAUAUGACGUAUGUAGCGCUAUAUGACGUCGUUAGCGCUAUAUGACGUAGAUAGAGCUGUAUGACGUAGGUAGUGCUGUAUGACGUACGUAGCGCUGUAUGACCUUUGUUCAGUCACUGCAGUUUUUGUCGGUAUUCUAAUGACUGUGAUUUCAUCCACGAUAUCAAACGUCUCACAAUUCAAAAACAUUUCAAAAUUUCAAAUAUAAAUAGUUUAAAUUUAUUGGCGAUUAUCUUUGUGAUAAGUCGGUCACGUCUGGCAUUGUAUUAUUUAGUUUCAAGGACAACUUUAUGUUUUGAAGUCGUCUACUUCAUUCAAUUAUCUCUCCAUUGGACGUCUAGGCUACGUUUGGUAAUAUUCUCGUUCUUCGUUUAGAAUAACAACCAACUUUGACGUCUGUUUUGAAAAGAAAUAAAUUAUUGUGCUAAGGGACGAACUAAGAAUUCAGUGUCAGUGUUAACAUUUAGUUCAUUUUGACCCAACAGUUAUAACUACACCUUAAACCUUGUUCUGAUCCACCAGGCUGUGGUAGGUACGCCAUGUGCAGUAGAGGAUCAGUGUGACGUGGCAGAGUGUUGUCAGAUCUUGAGUGAGUUCAUGGUGGCCAGCAAGAAGAGGGCAGCUGCUGAUUGCGAUUCACCUAUGGCCGGUAAGGGAGAAAUGAUUUUUACUGGUGCUAAAAUUACAAAAGCAUUUGGAAUAACGUCCUUUGUCUUCUGUCGGUAUCUGUGUCUUCUGUCGGUAUCUUUGUCUUUGUCGGUAUCUUUGUCUUCUGUCGGUAUCUUUGUCUUUUCUCAUUUUUAGUCUUCUGUCCGUAUCUUUGUCUUCUGUCGGUAUCUUUGUCUUUGUCGGUAUCUUUGUCUUCUGUCGGUAUCUUUGUCUUUUCUCAUUUUUUGUCUUCUGUCAGUAUCUUUGUCUUCUGUCCGUAUCUUUGUCUUCUGUCCGUAUCUUUGUCUUCUGUCGGUAUCUUUUUCUUCUGUCGGUAUCUUUGUCUUCUGUCCGUAUCUUUGUCUUCUGUCGGUAUCUUUGUCUUUGUCCGUAUCUUUGUCUUCUGUCGGUAUCUUUGUCUUUUCUCAUUUUUUGUCUUCUGUCAGUAUCUUUGUCUUCUGUCAGUAUCUUUGUCUUCUGUCCGUAUCUUUGUCUUUGUCCGUAUCUUUGCCUUCUGUCGGUAUCUUUUUCUUCUGUCGGUAUCUUUGUCUUCUGUCCGUAUCUUUGUCUUCUGUCGGUAUCUUAGUCUUUGUCCGUAUCUUUGCCUUCUGUCGGUAUCUUUUUCUUCUGUCGGUAUCUUUGUCUUCUGUCCGUAUCUUUGUCUUCUGUCCGUAUAUUUGCCUUCUGUCGGUAUCUUUGUCUUCUGUCCGUAUCUUUGCCUUCUGUCGGUAUCUUUGUCUUCUGUCCGUAUCUUUGUCUUUGUCGGUAUCUUUGUCUUCUGUCAGUAUCUUUGUCUUUGUCGGUAUCUUUCCUUCUGUCCGUAUCUUUGUCUUUGUCGGGAUCUUUGUCUUCUGUUGGUAUCUUUGUCUUCUGUAAUACCGCCAGGGUCUCUUCUAAUUUUUCAUCGUAUGUUCAAGUAUGCAGGUUAAUGAUUUGUUUGAAAGAAAAUUUAAUUUCCCUUAACUUCUGUCAGCGUUUGAUCAAAGUCUUUUCUUUUUUUUACCUUGGGUGAAAGGCUUGAUUUACCUUUGAGGAAAGUCUUGUUUUACCUUUGAUAAAAAUUAGGUUUUACCUUGGAUGAAAGCCUACUUUUACCUUUGAUUAAAGUUUGGUGGUUUCUUUUAUGAAAAUCUUUUUUACAUUUUAAGAAGUCUUGAUUUACCUUUGAUAAUAGUCUUGUUUUACAUUUGAGGAAAGUCUUUUUGGCAUUUGAUCAAAGUCUUGUUUUUCUUUUGAUGAUUAACUUUGACGAAGAUUUUGAUUUACCUCUGAUGUUGCCUUGUUUGUUUCUGGUUGGUCACUAACUAUAACUCGAUAUCUCUCUAGCCUCUCCACAUUCUAGACCGCUAAGUGCCGCAGUAGAAUUUUAAAAACUGAAAUUCAAGUUCUACUGUUGGAAAAUGUUCAGAAAUGGGGUUUGCAGGAAUAUUUGUUUAAUUUUCGACCCAGAAUCACACCAUUUGUCCCUUUUGGGCCUGUUAUAUACAAUUCGUCUCUUUUGGGCCUGUUGCACACCAUUAGUCACUAAUGAGUCACUGUGUCACACGAUUGGUCACUAAAAAUGUGAUCCUAUCAAUUCUGUUGCAGGAACCUGUCAGAAAUACACCCCGGAGGGAGGUAACUGUGUGUCGUACGACAAGAUGAACGGCUACUGUAGCUGUGAGCCUGGCACCUACUGCCACGGGUACGAGGUUCCCAUUACGACAGGUAGAAGAAGUGAACGCGGUAUGCCUAUGACGAGACCAGGUUAUGAGUGGCGCUCAACAUGUGAUAAAAUCACAGUGACAUGAGGUAAGAGGACAGACGUCUAGAGGACACUCCACUAGAGGUCACUCCACUAGAGGACUUUCCACUAGAAGACUAUCCAGUAAAGGACAUUUCUCAAGGGGAUUCUUGACUAGAGGACACUCGUUUAAAAAAAAGUUGUUCAUGGGAUGAAUACAAACGUCCCUGAGACUUGUUUUAUGGCGUCUACACAAAUAAAGAAUGUUUGGAAAUGUU